GUAUGGCCACUAUUUGGCAUAAAUAUAUAUAUAGCCAAUACUUUAUUAUGUCUUCGGUAGAAAAUAAAAAGUUUCCUUAAAACAAGCUUUUAUUUGUCCUCACUAAUAAAAUUGGAGACGAGAAAUACACUUAUUUUUACGCGCUACAAGCUUUUCCAGUCAAUAACUGUUAGAGAAAAUUUUGAAAACUCAAUAACUGAAUAAAACAUUUAUCAAUAAACGCUCGCUUUAACAUGUCAAGUAAGUACUGCGGGAUAACAAACUGCAUGUACCACGCCUCAAUCACAAAAAACGGGACAAGCCACAGUCCAGUGUCAACCUGCUGUACUUCUUACAUGAAAGGUGUCACAAACAAGAUUGGAAGGAUUUUGAAGCGAGCUUCAAAUAAUACUUACUUUCAGCCGCCGAAGAAGAUCAACCAAUUCUUAAGACCUGUCAAGUGUAAUCCGCUUUUAAGUUGUAGCUGUAUACAAACUAGAAUGCGACUGUGGGCUCUUAUAGAUCGGGUAGACAAAGAGGAGCAUAGGAAGUCACGUUACAUACAGCUGACGCUAAGCAUAGGCGCGCAAUAAACACGACAGUUUGUGUUAGGAGGACUCAAGCAUUAUUAAGUAAGUCAAAUGUAUUUUUAAAAUAAUAUAAUUUAAUAAAAGUAAACGUUUUCAUUAAUGAUAAAAAAAAUAUAUUGUGAAUAUGUAUUGUUUUGAAGGUAGCUAUACUCUUAAUUAAAAAGACAAUUAACACCUUUGUCUUAUGCGAACACGGAUCCUGUAGAGUCUGAAACAUCAAUAAAAGAAAAAUAGAUAGGCGAUGAAAACGUUCAAAAGUUGUAUCUUUUAUGGGUAGUGCCCGUGAUAAUAUAGGAAAUCAAAAGAUGGCGUACUUUGCAUACAUUCAAUAUCCGAAAGAAGAAAUUUCUAUGUUCAACGGUUAUUUACAUAAAAGUAUACACUUUUAUGCAAGUACAUAGGUACGAGUAUGUUCAUCGAUUUGUUUAUG